AGUAUAUUUUACUAUAAUUGAAAUCAUUUCCAUAAAAAGAAUAUAAUUAAAAUAAUAUAAUCAAAAUGCUAAAAGUGACAUUUUUGCUAAUAACUCUGCUAAUCGCGUCAAUAAAAGCAGCCAAAAUGGUCUGUUAUUAUGACUCAGCCAGCCAGUUUAGAGAAGGUCCAGCAAAAUUAACACUGCAAGAUUUGGAACCAGCUUUGCAAUUUUGUAAUUAUCUCGUUUAUGGUUACGCCGGUAUUGAUCCAGAAAGUUAUCAAUUAAAGCCCUUGAACAAAAAUUUGAAUAUCACACAGAAUCAUUACCGUGAUAUCACCAACUUACGACGCAACCAUUCGCAUCUUUUAAUACUGCUCUCGGUUGGCGGAGAUCGUGAUUUGUUUGAAGAAUCCUCAAGCAGUUCUUACCUCAGCGUGCUAGAGAAUCUGGCACAUCGAAACUCGUUUAUUAACAGCGCUUUAGCGCACUUGAAAACUUACGAUUUUGAUGGUUUGGACUUGGCUUGGCAGUUUCCCAAAAAUCCGCCUAAAAUAGUGGAAGGUAGAUUUAGAAGCGCUUGGAGAAAAAUCAAGGGAAAAGUCAAGGGAUGGUUCUCUCCUCCAAAACCCGUCGAUGAAUACGCUGCCGAGCACAAAGAACAAUUCACCACGUUGGUGCGUGAGUUGAAAGACGCAUUUCAGUCUGAUGCACUUAUCUUGACAUUAACCAUGCUGCCGCAUGUGGAUCCGAAUCUAUUUAUUGAUGUCCCAUCAGUUAUCGGCAGUGUGGAUUUCGUCAAUCUUGGUAGCUAUGACUUCCAAACACCAGAGCGCGAUCCUAAAGUUGCUGAUCUUAGUGCGCCCCUAUAUGAAAUGCCCGAACGCGAUCCCACCCACAACAUUGACUACCAAGUACAGCAUUGGCUCAAUAACUCAGCACCCAGUAACAAAAUCCACAUUGGUGUGCCGGCUUACGGUCUUUCUUGGACUAUGUCAUGUAAAUCUGGUAUUACCGGUUACCCACCGAUUAAGAAAACUCUCGGUACGGGCGCCGGCGGCAGACAGUUACGCAAACCUGGCAUAAUGAGUUGGCCCGAAAUUUGUGAAAAACUACAGGCUGACAAGGAGUUGGCCGGUGAAGCUGCGCCCUUACGCAAAGUUGGCGAUCCAAGGCAACGCUAUGGCAGCUAUGCUUAUCGAUCAGCCGACGAUGAUGACCAGAACGGUCUUUGGGUGAGCUAUGAGGAACCCAGCACUGCAGCAAUUAAGGCAAGUUACGUAUCCGCCAAGGGUUUGGGUGGCGUUGCUUUGUUCGAUUUGUCGCUGGACGAUUUUCGUGGCCAAUGUGCCGCUGAGAAGUAUCCGAUACUGAGAAGUAUUAAAUUAAAAUUGUAAAAUUACUUCUUUGUUUAUAAAUUAUAAGUAAAUUAGA